CCUGUCGCCGUCGCCCGCGUCGCUAGCGCGCGGCAUCAGUUUUCCACACACCGGAAAAAUUGUGUCGCGAGUGCCUUGGACGCCUUAAUAAAAAAAAAACAACUAGGCACUAUAUUCUCUGUGGCUGUUUUCUUCUUUUUCUAAAUUCAAAACUGUGAUGGAUUAUGUGCAUGGCUGGUAAUAAGUGUGCGAAAAGUGUUUUCCUUUCGAGUGCGCCGGGGCCUCCCUUUCGUCGAUAGUUCAAUCUACAAAGCGCGAUGGAGCCCCCCCGCGGCCGCUGGCUGCCGGCCCUCGUGCUGCUCUGCUCCUUCGUCUGCACACAUUCUUCAUCUUCACAUUCCAAGCUUCACGAGCACCUGACAGCCGACGAGCUCCGAAGCGUGUUCCACGUGGAGCAUCGGGACCUGGUGCCAGCCUACCACCCCGUCACCCUGACGCACCGCCUGGCGCGCCGCCACAUCGCCACCACCACCCUCAACCAACACACGAAAACAAACGCCAAAACACCGCACGAAAAAACGCGCUCCAAACCGUGGAAGACUGAAACCGACCCACCCUCCUUGCUAAAUGACCAGAUGUUUAUGCGAGCGAGACAGGAGAUCAAAGACGUGGAUCUGAUUGGUGAGCUUAACACGACUGUCAGUGUCAACUUCGAUGUGUCAAAGUCUAGUGAGAGUGACAGUGAAGUGGUCAGUGAUCGUGAACAAGUGGUUGACGGGCAGGAGGAUGAUGUGCACAAGAUUGAGUUGGAGGCUUUCGGCAAGCCUCUGAAGCUGGUGCUGAGGAGGCAGGAGGGGUUGGUGAAGAAGGAAGGCCUGAAGAUGUUCAGGGCUCACGAGAACGACACGCAGCCUGACGGUGUUCACUACGAGGAGUUGGUUUCGGAGGGAGAGGAGGAACUCGGGGAACUGUUUCAGGACGAAGAGAACGGAGCGGCUCUUCUCAUCAGGAGACAUCCGAAACAUGGGAAGUUGCUGGUGGAAGGCUCGAUCGGCCACGGGCUCGUGAUCAGGCCGAUGCCGGACUCCGUCACCGCGGCGCAGGACGACGAGAUGUUCCUCGACCCCAGCAGCAUGGCCGACAUGGUGUCCAUAGACACAGGCCUGCCUAUUGUGCGAAGACAGCGAGUGGACCAGGAGCGGCUGGCGCGCGCGCUCAACGGAGCCUCCCACGUCAUCAUCAAGCGGGACCCCGGCACGGACGAGCAUGAGAGCGACUAUGCGUUUAUGGAGCCUGAUCAUCUAGCGAAGAGGUUCAGAAGGAAACGAUCGACGACCCACAGUCGCAGCAAGCGCGACGCGCCUUACGUCAUCUACCCAGAGAUUCUAGUUAUCGUCGACUACGACGGCUAUAGACUACACGGCGGCGACAACGUGCAGAUCAAGCGCUACUUCGUGUCGUUCUGGAACGGCGUGGACCUGCGCUACAAGCUGCUCAAGGGGCCCCGGAUACGGAUAUCCAUCGCCGGCAUCAUCAUAUCCAGGGGGCGCGACGCUACGCCGUAUCUUGAAAGAAACCGUGUAGGCAGAGACGCGAUAGACUCGGCAGCCGCUCUCACGGACAUGGGCAAGUACUUGUUCCGAGAGCGGAGGCUGCCGGUCUACGACAUUGCCGUUGCCAUCACCAAACUAGACAUGUGCAGAAGACAAUAUGCGAACGAUGCAUGCAACAGAGGGACGGCAGGUUUUGCGUACGUCGGCGGCGCGUGUGUGGUGAACAAGAGGCUGGAGAAGGUGAACUCUGUGGCCAUCAUCGAGGACACGGGCGGCUUCUCCGGAAUCAUCGUCGCCGCCCAUGAAGUCGGACAUUUACUAGGCGCAGUGCACGACGGCAGCCCGCCGCCCUCGUACCUCGGCGGGCCGGGCGCGGAGAAGUGCCGCUGGGAGGACGGGUUCAUCAUGUCGGACCUGCGACACACGGAGAAGGGGUUCCGCUGGUCGCCCUGCUCCGUGCAGAGCUUCCACCACUUCUUGAAUGGCGACACAGCAACCUGCCUAUACAACUCACCUCAUGAAGACGACUCGUUACCGCGCGUGUUGCCGGGCCGACUACUCACGUUGGACGCACAGUGUCGCAAGGAUCGGGGGACUAGCGCAUGCUUCAAAGACGAGCGUGUCUGCGCUCAGUUGUUCUGCUUCGACGCGGCGAGCGGCUACUGCGUGGCGUACCGGCCCGCCGCCGAGGGAUCCCCGUGCGGGGACGGACAGUACUGCAUAAACGGGCGCUGCAUCACGGAGCACGAGAACAUAAUCCCGGACUACUCGCAGCACACGCCCAGCUACGUGCGCCCGGACACCAGCCCCUUCUACAACAACGUCACCAGUUACGAAGCGACCACACAGCCAAUCAUACAAACCUCGCCGAUAGUAAACGAAUACAGCCCCAACUACUACAACCAGAACCAGAGUCCAAGUAUUUACACCAACAGUGUGCCUCAGACUACCGUGACCACCGCCAACCCUUACAAAUACUUCUACUACACUACGACCACCACGCAGAGACCUUACGAGUACAAAUACGUCACCACCCCGACAACCAUCACAUACCCGCCGUCUAUAAACAAAUACUCUGUGACCUCAACAAAGAGCCCUUACGAUUUCAAAGACUUCGCAACAAGAGUAACAGAAAGAAACGACCAGAAAAGAGGUUUCUAUAGUCGCGAUGAGUUCUCAAACUUUUUCCGGUCGACCACGAAGAGUCCGUACCAGGACAAAGGAAGGAAGACUUUGUAUAAAAUUGGGACGUACUACCAGGGGAAGUCUAGCGACAACUCUAUAAGGCCAGACGCCAAUUCUCAGCAAAUUUCCAUAGAACCAGCGAGACUGGUGUUCUCUUACCAGAGGAAUUUGACAUCGGGAGAAGUUAUACAUUAAGGAGAGAAGUGCCAAAAUGUGAUUAUAUUGCCGCCAUUAGGUUAGCGUGCACGCGGGCGAAGCACAGAAGACUGCACAGUUGGCGGCGCCAGCCGACCAGCCGUUACUACGACAUGAGUGCGACGAUGUAUAUGAAUGACUUACGCUCGCGGGUUCCUUGUCUCUUCACAUGACACUGGCAGAAAGUGUUUUUUUUUUCGUAAAUAUUCUCUCAGCUGCCAGUUUGAUUUUUGACAUUUCAUAUUGUUCAAAAAAUAAGCGGCAGAAUUCAAAUUUGGAAGAAUUAUUUUAGGCAAAAAGGGCCUUGCCAUCUAUUGUUUUCUUUAAAACUGUACAUUACUGAAAAUCUACAAAAUCUUACUUUACCAUGCCUUUAUUAUAUUCAAGUAUCGACAGAUAUCGUAAAUUUGUUGCUGUAGAUCGUAUAAAAAUGCUACUUUAAUAGUUACAGUAGUUAGGUAUAACAAGUAAUAAAAUCGUAUAUUGCAACCAGUUUAAAAUGUAGUUAAAUUGACAAGGAAACCGCGACGUAGACAUAAUGUGUGUGAAUUAAAAAGAAAAGUGUCGCGACGAACAUUAUUGAAAAUGUCCGACACACAAAUCUGCGAGUGAUAUUUUAAUGUGAUGAUUGUGUUAUUGUUAAUGGACGCUAAGUACACUAGAAUAUUUUAAUUUUUAUAUAAAUAUAGAUAUUUGACGAACAAACAGAUCUUAUAUGAACUCCUUGUGAUUCAAACUUCGGUUGGUAUUUUGGAUAUAUUUUUAGAAAUACUCUUUUUAGAUUACUUUUGUUUGUAAACGGUUGUUACAGUUACGUCCUAAGUUUACGUAAAAGAAACUGCCACAAAGUGCCUUUUAUAUAAAUAGUAUUGUUUAAGAAUUAUUGUAAAUGACAUGUAUAAGUUUUUUUAUAUACACAAAUGUAUUUUACAGAGGUCGCGACAGGAUCGCAUAUUUCUAAACGAGAUUUUUUUCUCAAAAAUGUACGUCUUAAUUUUUAUUUGCACUCGUAAUUGGGGUUUUUUAAUUCGAUUACUUUGUAACAAUUAAGUCUGUUUUUAAUGCUAAAAUUAUUUAUGUCACACUCUAGUUCUUUAAUUGUAAAGUUACCAAUAGCUUAAUUUAAAAAAAAAUAUUUUUCGGCAAUUAUUUACCGGUGAAACUUGCCCAUUUUAAUUUCAUGUAUUUAUUUAUUCACGAACAAUGAGCUUUUCUACUAUAAUUCUGUACUUCCCCGAAUUGCCUUAACUUAAGAAAAAUGAGAAUAGAAAAGUAUUGAAAAC